AUGAGUCUUGCCAGGCCAGCAAGAUGCCUGUUCUGCAGCUUCUCCCGUGCUGCCACGCAAAGCACGCGAGUGCCUCGUCGCCAAUUCCACCCAUCGCCAGCGCAGUUGACGAACCGGAAACCCAAGUUCCCAAAUAUCAAGGCUCCCGAGGCUUCCAGUCUAUCGGGGCCUAAGCCAGAGGACUUCAAGCCAUACACGGAGGAGGAGAAGGCCCACCUGGCCAAGGAGUACUCGGCCGCCCAGUUGGAAGCCGUCAAGGCCGGCGAGGCUGCCAUUGACCCCAAGGAUCUGGCUGCGCAGUUGAACGAACGUGACGACCCUUUGAAAUUCAACUACGUUGAUGACUUUUCCGUCAUUGAGCCCGGUAUCGACCGAAACGUGCGCGCCCCCGAGUCGAACUCGGACUAUAAUUUCAAGCUCAAGAGCGAGGAUGACUUUGUCAAGGACUUUGGCCGUUUCUUCGCGGAGAUGCCGGAGGAUGCGACGGCUGCAGACUUUGUUCGGUUUGCGGACGAGCUGCGCUUGACACAUGGCAAGGAGGAGAACGAGCUGAACCCUCACAGUGCUCUCGUUCCCGAUCUCUUCGGCCCUGGAGAGACCAUUGACGAGCCCCGUGUGGAGGAGCGGAAGACUGCCGCUGAGAAGGGCGAGAAGGAACGUUCCCUGCAGGCUGAGGAGAUGACCGAUGCUCUGAAGAGCUUGCUCCUCGCCACGGGUUAUACUGCCAAUCAGAUUCGCGACUUCCGCCUGAAGACUCUGGUUUCCCACUCGGUCGUGAACCAGACUCGUCUGGGUAAGGUCCGUCGUGCGUACCGUCUGUCUAUCGCUGGUAACGGUAAUGGUCUGUUGGGUAUUGGCGAGGGCAAGUCCGACGAAGCCGCCGAUGCGAAGACCCAGUCCCAGUACCGCGCCAUCCGCAACAUGCAGCCAAUUCCCCGAUAUGAGAACCGGACCAUCUUUGGUGAUGUGAGCGGCAAGGUUGGAGCUGUGGAGUUGCAGUUGAUGCACCGUCCUCCAGGCUUCGGUCUCCGUGUCCAGUACCUGAUCUACGAAAUGUGCCGUGCCGCCGGUAUCCACGACCUUGCUGCACGAGUCAGCCGCUCUCGCAACAAGAUGAACACUGUUAAGGCUGCCUACGAGGCACUCAUGAGCCAGCGUGAUCCCGAGGAAGUUGCCCGUGCUCGUGGCCGCAAGAUGGUCGACGUGCGCAAGGUCUACUACGCUGGCAAGGUCUAG